CCUCGGUCUGGCUCACCCACAUCCACGUGUACUAACAGCAACCAAGAAGUACUCGGGUACAACAGAAUGCAUGAUUUGCAGAGGAGUCACCACGCACUUGUCAGCAGUUGCAUCGACGUUACCCACCCUCUCGGUCAAAAGUGGAAUACAGGGCUAGUCAUCACACUACUGAAAUUCACCAGGAUUCGCGUCGAUGCAAGGCAUCCGAAGUUCCCGCCUCUGAUCAGGACCUCUCUCUGUGGAAAGAAAUUGAGGUUGCUUCCUUUCAUUGAACGGUUCUCUUUCUUACUCAUCAUGAGCGCCAUCGUUCACAUAUCCCUCACUUCUGGGAAGGUUAUACUCAUGGAUAUCUUAGUAAACGAGUCGUGUUACUACCAGGUGAUGGUUCCCGAGUGCUCGGCCCGUUGUGUGUCUCUGACUGGGGAUAGAGUUGUGGAAUGCAUCGCGAAAGGAUAUUACGCAGAUGGGAAGAAAAUUGGGAAGUACUUCCACAAAUUCCAACCUCCAACCUUUCCAGAACCUCUCCACCGAUUCUAAUCUCAACUUCAAUUGCUCACUUAGUAUGCCCUUUCAAUGCCCCAAAGCUCUAUUCGCUGGCAUCCGGACCCUUGAAUACGUACCGUGCAACUUUCAAAUUUCCAUCUCCACGUUGGGCGACACCUGGCACCCAUAACGAAAUGCAAAUGUGAUUGAGUAAGCGCGAGAGCAAAGCGCCUCCUCCAGACUAAGUGCAGU